CUUCCUUACCUUGUAGUUCUAAUUCCCAAAGUUUAAUAUUUUCAGUGUAAACUUUGUGAUUAAUUUCCAAGGAGAGAAGCUACUGGAAAUGACUAUGGGAGUAAAAUAUAUUAUAGAUAUGUUGCACUAGACACUGUAUAUGAGCCAAAGGAGUUGAUGGACCUAUUAAUAAAUAACUAUUUCAAUAAUAUAUAUUUGCAGCACAUCUCUAGGUGCUCUCAAUUAAGUCAAUAUAAUUGCUUCUAGGAAUUUGUGUGUGUUUAAAACUACAAUUUUUCCCCAUGCUACAGAACCUACCUUAUCAGUCACCAUGUUGCAGUAACAGGGAACCUUUCAGUGUAUUAAAUUAUAAUGAAAGUGUACUCUUUCAUUAUCAGUAUGAAAUCUGUUGGUUAUUUAUCUGUCAAUGUGCAUUAAUACUACAUGUCUGAAUAGUAGAUGUGUUAACUGAAAAUCUCUCCAGACAGUAAGUUCUAGACUCAUACAGUAAACAGUUCAUUGGCCUUUCUUGUCUUUGCCAGGCUUUUAAAAAGCUUGCUGUACUUGGUAAAAUAAGACUUGGGCAUGUGGACACAGUGGUCCAGCAGUGGUUGUGUGAUUUUUGCCUCUUACUUUGCAGCCUAGCAAAGACUUUGUAAAUUAAAGCUGUAACUGGCACUUUGGUAUGAAUAGGGUUCUAGAUGGCCUCAUGUUCUGCCAUUCUAGUUGAGAUUGAUGUUAUGACACUACUUCAAAGUUGGUGAUGGACACUCCAGAGCAAUUGAAUUGUCAGUGGCCCAAACUGUUAGUUAUUCCAGGGACCGAGUUGUGAGCAGGAGACAGAAAAGCUGCUAAAGCUUAAUUGAUUUGUUAUGCUAGAUUUCAUAAGCAGAACAACCCAAUGACUCUACUUUGGCAUACAUACUCUUGUUUUUUAAAUGGAUAAUGGGUAUGUAUAAUGUCUCAGUGGUAAAUCUCUUUAUUUUCUUUCAGAUUACGCUUUACAGCAGUAGAAAUGGACAGCAGCAGUUUCAUUCAGUUUGACGUGCCCGAGUACAGCAGCACUGUUCUGAGCCAGUUAAACGAGCUUCGCCUGCAAGGGAAGCUAUGCGACAUCAUUGUGCACAUUCAGGGUCAGCCAUUCAGAGCUCAUAAGGCUGUCCUAGCUGCCAGUUCUCCAUAUUUCCGUGACCAUUCAGCAUUAAGCACCAUGAGUGGCUUAUCAAUAUCAGUUAUUAAAAACCCCAAUGUCUUUGAACAGUUGCUUUCGUUUUGUUACACUGGAAGGAUGUCUUUGCAGCUGAAGGAUGUUGUUAGUUUUCUAACUGCAGCUAGCUUUCUACAGAUGCAGUGCGUCAUUGACAAGUGCACACAGAUACUAGAAAGUAUCCAUUCAAAGAUCAGCGUUGGUGAUGUCGACUCUGUCACAGUUGGUGCUGAAGAAAAUCCAGAAAACCGGAAUGGAGUUAAAGAUAGCAGCUAUUUUGCCAACCCUAUUGAAAUAUCUCCCCCCUAUUGCUCUCAGGUGCGACAGUCGACAGCAGGUAGCGAUCUUAGAAUGGAAACUACUCCAAGCAAGACUUUACGCAAUCGUCUGCAAGAAGAAGGACAUUCAGAUCGAGGAAGCAGUGGGAGCGUCUCUGAAUAUGAAAUUCAGAUUGAAGGCGAUCAUGAGCAAGGGGAUCUGAUAGUAAGGGAGAGCCAGAUUGCAGAGGUGAAAGUUAAAAUGGAGAAAUCUGAUCGGCCAAGUUGUUCUGAUAGCUCCUCCCUUGGUGAUGAUGGAUACCAUACUGAAAUGGUAGACGGAGAGCAGGUGGUUGCAAUAAAUGUUGGCUCCUAUGGGUCUGUGCUACAACAUGUAUAUUCAUUUUCCCACACUUCAUCCCAGGCUACUAGUGCAUCUGAAACCUUUGGAAGCCUGAGUAAUUCUAGUCCGUCAAGGUCUAUGCUGAGCUGUUUCAGAGGAGGUCGUGCACGCCAAAAACGGGUAUCCACUGGACACUUGCACAGUGAUGUUCAGGGCUUGAUGCAAGGGGCUGACAGUGAAACCAUAGUGAGUAAUCCAGGAUAUGAAAACAGUCCACGGGAAAGAAGUGCAAGAGGUCACUGGUAUCCAUACAACGAGAGGUUAAUUUGUAUUUACUGUGGAAAGUCUUUCAACCAGAAGGGGAGCCUUGAUCGACAUAUGCGGUUACACAUGGGAAUAACUCCUUUUGUGUGCAAAUUCUGUGGGAAGAAAUACACACGCAAGGACCAACUUGAAUAUCAUAUUCGUGGCCACACAGAUGAUAAACCCUUCCGCUGUGAGAUCUGCGGGAAAUGCUUUCCUUUUCAAGGGACACUAAACCAGCAUUUGAGAAAGAAUCACCCUGGGGUAGCAGAAGUGAGAAAUCGGGUAGAGUCUCCAGAAAGAACAGAACCAUUUGUGGAACAGAAAAUAGAUAAUGACACUUCGGCCUCUGAAGCUAUGGAUUCUAGUAUGGAAAUUCACACAAUGUCCAACACACCUGAUUAAAAUACUAUGUUCUAAGUGCAACCCAAGCAAAGCACAUUACUUUUCUUCUGUAAUAAUUUUAUAUACAAGUGUAUCAGCCUUUUAAUUUACCUGAUCUUUUGGAAAUCUGGUUGAAAUGGUCUCUGGAGAAAGCUACAUAAAUGUUUCUCCAUCCAUUUGAACAAGGCCGAGUAUUUUUCACUCCUGAAGAUGCUCAUCAUAUAAAGGAGAGUGUGUGUGUGUAGGGGGGAGUUGGCUAAAAAUGUUUCCUACAGGUUGAUUGGGCAAAACAUGAAUUCGGUGAGUGAAAGACACAAAGAUUGGCAGUCGUGCUGAAUGCACCAGGUGGCUCUAUCUUCUCUCACUGUGCUUAACUCUCGUUAUUGGUAAUAAGAGUUACAUAACCACGUGGGAGAGAAUAUUGUCCCUUGCAUCCCCUCCAUGUGUCCUCAUAAUGGAUUUUGUUUAGUUUUUAAAUAGCUAUUUUUGGUAGCUAGCAAUUUAUAUAUAUUUAUAAAUAUAUAAAUAUAUAUAAAUAAGAUGCUUUCACUUUCCUACUCUCGAUGGGGUGAAUGUAAGCGUGUGUCAAAGUGUAUGCCACGUACAAGGCUUUCAACUCUUCAGUCUCAUCUCUGCCUAGCAUUUAGGACUUUGCUGGGAUUUUUGUUGAUGUUUGCUUGUUUGUUUGAUUUUAGAAGAAUGUUUUUUGGGUUUUGUUUUAUUAAAAUAUUAUGUUGUGUCCAAAAGUGAGCAAAGCAAAUAGCUUUGCUUUAUAACAGAUAUGUAAACCAAAUGCCAUAAAUCUAUUAAGUUAUGGUUGAAUUGUUUGGGUUUUUGUUUGUUGUCUAGAGUACGAGCUGGACAACCUGUGGUGCUGACCUUUUUAUAGAACUGUAUUGUUAUAUUAGCAAACCCAAAAGUAGCAUUGUGGUUUUAAAUGUGUUUUUACUGGCCUCAGAAUCUACCUUCAUUUCGUACUGUAGAAACAUACCAGGUAACUGAAUCUAACUUAAUCACUCCACUUAGUUGAUUAAUACUAGCCCAAAAGGGAUGUUGUAGUUCAAACUACAGUACUUCCAAGCAGUGUUGUAUUAGGUCUCUUCCCAGAGAGCUGUUUCAGGUGCACAUUGACUUCCUACUUAUAGCUCCAAGUGACAUGCCAGCACUUGGAAUUUGUACUUUUUUGUAAAAAUACUAUAUGGGAAUUGCGAGCAAUAUGUCUGUUGUUACAUAUGUGAGUAUUACAGAGUCACUAUGGCUUCCCUAUAAUUUCAGUGGUUAAUGUUUUCUGCAUUAAGAAGCCACCAAUAACUUUAAAAAUACUCUAAAUCUUUUUUUUUCUUUUUUACCAAAUGCUUUUUUUUAAUGUGGUGCUAACUUUACCUUUGAUAUCAUUUAGGUCAGUAUAGUAUAGAAAAUGUGAAACCUUAUGGUAACAGUGAAAAAAAAGACAAAAUCUUUUCAAUGAGAUUAUAGCUUGAAAGAGACCUCAAAAGCAUGAGCUAGCAAACACUACUAGGUGGAAUUCUGCCUGAUCAACAGAAUUAUGGAAAUAACAAUUGUGUUGAUCACAAGUUUUUAAAUAUAUACAAGAAUUAUGCUUUAUAACAUUUGGCACUAUAUUUUUUUAGUCAUUUUUCAGACAUCCAAAAUGUACCUGCGAUUAUGCUUUUAAUCUCUUGAAAUUAAAAAAAAAAAAAAAAAAAGAAGCUGUUUUCCAAGUUAAAGGAAAGCAAAAAGGUAGGUUUGCUGGCUUACAGUGCUUUUUGGACUUCUAUAACAAAAAUUGCUUUUUGUGGGAUUUUAAAUAUUUUUCAAGCCCUUACCCCAUGAGUCUGGGGUAUAUUUGUGCAGUAACUUUUUUUAUAAAAAUACACUAGCUCUUAAUAUUGUGACAGUCCGCAAUAAGGAUUAAUGUUACUAAAUACAGACUUACACUAUAAAACCCCAGCUGCUCUAUAGGAGUAGUUUUAGUUAAAUCGGGUAUAUAAUCUGCCUUUUCCUCCUAAAACUGCCUAAAUAAGGGGUUUGUUCUCUCCCUGAAGCAACAGUAGAGCUCCUGUUUCCACUAAUGGAAAUCGUACAUGUGCAUCAAGGGGAGGUUAGAUCUCUACAUGUUUACCCACUUAAACACGUGUUGGUGUUUCAGAUGUUGUUCUUACAUAUGGGUUUUUAAGUAUUUAAAUGCAAAAAAUUGUGUUUUGAUAAAAUUAAGUUUGAGACGCACAAAAGCCAAGGAAUGCAGAGUAAAGCUUGACCUUUUAUCUUAAACUUGUGCUGUGACGCCUUUGGGAUGGCUGGUUUCCAUGGUAAUAUGAGUUGAGGAUAGUAGGGGAAAAGGCUGUAAACUUUUGCAUUUCCUGACUUUUGUUCUGUCACAGUCUUAACAUUAUUUAAAUAUAGUUCUUUGUAUUUGUAAAUUUAUUAAACUGGUUUGAGUUUACCAAAGAGUGACUUAUCCAAAAUUGUCUCUGACAAAUAUACAUCACUUUGAUUGUACAGGUUCAGGUUCAAACAUUGUAAUGGGACUGUUAAGGGGCAGGAAAUGAUCAUUUUUCUACAAUAUCAUUAUUUAGCAGUUUGUAAGUUCCACUUGCUCCCAUUCAUGUUGGUAUAAUAUUUACCUUUUCCACUGCUAGCAGUGUUAAGAAUUAUCAAGCCAUAACACAGUACUGUAAAGUUGAGCAGUGCUUCACAGGAUGCAUACAUUUAAGUAAGCAUAGAACAUCAUUGAGCAUUAUAUUUAUACUUCUUGCAAAGUGUGACUGGUAGAAAGUGAACUUCAAGUCUGGCAGCAGCAAUUAAAUUGUGCCUUGUCACAUGAUGGUAUGCCAGGAUUAACAUUACCAUGAAACAUAAAGCAUUAUCAAAUUGAAGUUCAUUUCACAAGUCCACCAAGGCAAAGUAUGCUGUGUUAUUUUAAAUAAGUUUUGAAAGUACUGUACAGUACCUGUUUCUGUACAGUUUUAAGUUAGCACAGAACUGUUAAACAUUUCAUUUACAAUAAAUGCAGAAGUCAAUAAAAUAAGUGAUAUGUGAAGAAAUAUUUGACAGUAAAAUACAUCAUGAAAUCAUUAUAGGCUAGUUCAUAAUUGAGUCUCUUCUUGAUCUACCUUUUUAAUUUACAUAGACAAAUGUGAAAACAGUGACAGUGUCCUUUCCUCUAGAUGUUAAACCUAUUAUUACAAACUGUGAAGACAAAGAAUUUUAUACUUUUGCUAAUGUUUCUGGUUUUAAACAGUUAUUUUAGUUUUCCUAAUCACUUAUCUUCCAUAUACUUUCUAUUAAAGUUGUAAAUACAUUUAGAAAAUAACUUUGUAAAUAAGUGUAGUGUCUCAGAAGUUCAGUUUUGGUCAACGGAGCGCCUCAUGAUUGGUUUUGCAUUUUAGUGUGAAUUCUUUUAAUAGCAUAAAGGAUACUGUCUAUUCACUGUUCAGCAGAAUAUACUGUAGACCUAAAUUGAUAGUUUUCAAUAUUUUUAUCUUCCCAAACACGAAUAAACGUGUUUUUAUACUGAAGCCUUCAGUUUAUUUCUAGCUGAAAUGAUAAGGCCUGCUAUAACUGUUAGGCUGAAUUAUGGGAAGAAUAGCAAGAAUAAAAUCAAGGGCUGGGAAAAGAUUGAUAUGAAUGAGCUUUACCUUUAAAAAAGAAGUAUCUUAUUUUAAUUGUUUAUAUUAGUUUACUGUGAUUAUUUUAUUGUGAUUUUUCUGAAAGGGUUUCACAUGAAACCAUUGAAAGGGACUCAAAUAUGCAACACCUAAUCUAUUUUCCAAGGGAGUUUUACCCUUGAAUGGUGCUUUUAGACUGGUCAGGGUUAUUUAUUAAAUUUUAUAUUGAAAGUAUUUGGGGAAUUGUGUAAAUUCUUUAUAUGAAUCUGUUUAGUUCAUGAAUUGUAAAUUUCAUAAUACUCAGUGACUUAAUCAGAAGUUCAGUGAAGUCAUUCAAAAUGUUCAAAGUUUAUAUCCAUUAGGUUUUUCUUACAUAUCUUUUUAAUAAGUGCCAGAAUAAUUGUAUUUAAUGCAACUUUAGACUAAACGUGUUACUCUCCCAUCCUUGCAAUGAUGUUGACUUUGUUAUGCAAGCUUACAUAAAAAUGUUAACAGAAGGGACAACUCUGUUCCUGUUUUUAUUCAGGGAUGUGAAGCAAAGAAUCAAUAACUGAGCAGACUUGCUUAAGCGUAUAUAAGCAGCUGCUGCUACAGCAGGUAAAAUAAACUGCUCUCUCUCCAAUUUACAAAUGCUAUGAAUUCAACCUUUGGACUUGUCCUGCAAGUCUCUGGUUGUGUAUCUGAUUAGAGUUAGAACUCACUUGCACAACAUUAACAGUGUUUAUUUCCUUAACAGAAAAUGGUAUUUUUAAAUAACUUUUAUUAUUUGUACGGUUUUCAUGAUAAGUAUUUGAACAGUUUGAAUGACUUGACUUGGUGUCAUUAUCUUGCAAUAUAAACUGGUAACCUCACAACUCCACACUUCAUCACCACAUGAAGUAAAUGAAGCUAGCUAAGCUGAUGCUGUAACAACUAAUAACUUGCCAUUAAGGAUUAUUUUAUAGCAUGAAUUUUAAAAUAUUUAUUCAAAUGAUAUUUUACUCUUGUAUUCAUUUUGUUUUAGAUUUGUGACAUGAAUAUUUCAGUGCUGCUUUAUUUUGUUUGGAUGAAUUUUCGUUUCUUGCUUGUAAAUUGCUUUUUUUAUGGUAUAAAUAAAGUCAAUGGGAAUUGCUGUUUGUAAAUUAAAAUGCUUCUAGAGCAAAA